AUGGACAAUGCAAGGAAUGAUGACACAGCAGGGUCCUCUGAUGCCCGAAUGAAUAGAAUGGAACAAAUGCUUACAACCUUAACCAAAGUGGUGAUGCAACAACAGAGGCAACAACCUUUACCACCUCUACCCCUGCCGGCUCAAGUUGAAAUGGACACCGGUGACAUCAUCAACUUGACACAGAAGUUCAUGAAAAUGAAACCGCCAACAUUCUAUGGUGAAAUUGAACCGUUGAAAGCAGAGACGUGGUUACUGGAAAUUGAGAAACUGUAUGAGGUGUUCCUUUGUUCUGAAGUCCAGAAGGUCCUCCUAGCCACCUAUACUCUGAAGGAUGAAGCCCGAAUGUGGUGGUUACUGGUUCGAAAUGGCCACGAGAAUAUGACAUGGACUCAAUUCACUACAAUUUUCUAUGACAAGUACUUUCCUCAGUGCUUCCGAGACCGGAAGGUUUUAGAAUUCCAGGAACUCAAACAAGGCAGAAUGUCUGUAGCCGAGUACGAGGCUAAGUUUACUGAGCUGGCCAGGUUUGCUCCUCACAUGGUAGACACAGACUACAAGAAAGCCCGCAAGUUCGAAAUGGCCACGAGAAUAUGA